GCUGGAAAACAAAGAAGACAUUCGAACGCAACGAACCCAACGCUUGGACGAAGAAGAAGCAGAAGGAAGAAGCAGGAAGAAAUCAGCCAUAGCAAUAACGAUCGUGCGAGGACAUGGACCUCGAAGAACCCGUUGACACUGUGACCCGUCCGUCAGUCUCUACGGUUAGCAAUGAUGAACAAACCUGGCCUACCCCGAGAUUCCACAGCAGCGAAUCCCUGCUCUUGCACCCAGGAGGGGAUCACCUUCAGCUCGACAAGAUUAUACAAAAGAAACUGAGCCUCACUCAAGCCUCACCGGUCGACGACCAAAUGAACCACUUGGAGCAAGCUAUACUUGUGCAGCAAAAUCGCUCCGAAAGUUACCGCAGCGAUUCUGAAGUCACGGAGGACGCCGCUGUCGAUGAGCCUCAAAAACUUGUCAUUGGUAUUCGUAGGAAGAAGGAUGGAAGGAAAAAGUCCCCAACUGUUUUGAGCAUAGCGCUGGGAGACGAUGGUUCUCUGCAGUUGACGCAGGGCUCUGAAAGCACCGACGCAAGCACAGCUGAAAACGGAGUGCAACAGAAAGAAUCAAGCCCCGGGGACAAGAAAGUGAAAUUCCAAGAUGAUGGUCUCGAUACGAGCGAGGAAUCCUCACGAUCACAGGGAGCCGCAAAAAAAGGCAAGAAACGAAAUAAAAGUGGGAGCGAUGAGGAUGAUCGCGGACGACGUCGAGGCAAGAAGCGUGACCGUGAUAGCGAAGAGGACAGUGACAAGGAGGACGGCAGCGACCGUCGCAGAGGUAGAGGCAGAGGUCGAAGUCGAGGUGGCCGUGGUAGGGGUCGUGGCAAAAAUCGCUCCAGAGACCGAGCCAGUGAUAAAGAUGAGGAAGACAGCGGCCGUGGUAGAGCUCGUGGUCGUGGUCGGGGCAGGAACCGCGCCAGAGACCGAGCAAGUGAUAAAGAGGACGAGGAAGGCAGCGAGAGUAAUAGAGGUCGUGACCGUGGCAGGAGCCGCAACAAAGACGGUGAUGAGGACGAUGAUAGUGGACGCACUAAAGGUCGGAAACGUGGGAAAAACCGUGUCGAAGACAGCGAUGAAGACGCUGAGAGUGGACAAACCAGAAGUCGUGGUCGUGACAAACCUGGUAAGCGAGAUCGGAGUAAGGACCGCAACAGAGACAAGGACGAAGAGGAAGACACCAUGACCAAGAAGAGGUCGCGAGGAAUUGAAAACGAUGAUGAUGAAGGUUCUCCACGUGAUAAGAAAUCCAAGAAAGUGGUGUCAGCCUCGGAAUUAUCGAGUAGCAGGUACAAGAUGUUCGAGCCCACGAGCGUCAUAACGAUUAAUAAGCGCGGCGAUAUUCUUUCACCGGAAGAACUCUCCGUGGAAAUUGCAGAGCGAGAGGACUCUUCCGAGAAGUUCAAAAGAAGGACCUUCCUGGACGGCAAAGAGGUAUCUAUCCCAGAAAAGAAGAAGAAGAAGAAAAAGAAGAAAGUAACGAAGCCAAUCGUAAGAACGGCGUCAGUUCCCAUACAGACCCCGUCAACAGAAUGGCAGAUGGGAAGAAUUGACUCUGGAUUUUCUUGGAGUGCAACGGCUCCGCCGACACCGCCGAGAAGAACCGGCGCAUUCAAGAACGAAAAACGAAAGCCACAAAGUGAGUUGAAAAACUCCAAGGCUACUCUAGACUCUUUGCUUUCGACUCUGCCAACCGAGCCUCAGUUCGUUGUCAAAAGAUGUGAGCGUCACAAACGCGAUUACGUUGUGAUGAUGCCAAGCUACACAGAAUCUCCUCUGUAUUACCCCAGUGUAACUGCGAUAACGAGACAGCCUCCAAACUAUAUGGAAGAUAUCAAAAGGAUGACACGCAGGCCGCCACCAAGGAUGCAAAGCAACCCAUCGGAACGGCCGCGACCUUCGGCUUUGCGAGUCUUAAGAAAUGAAGGCGAUUUGUGGAUCGAACAGGUACCGCUUGACCAUGUACGUUCUACUCAGAGAACAAGGGGACGAACUAUGUCGCUGGAAAGAGAUCCCGAUCCCGUAUGUACUUGCUCAAGAGAGGACCCGAGCGGCAUAACGGAUGUACCGUCUCGGGCAGCACGCAAUAUACAAAUAAGGAGGCGACCGAGAUCGUCUCCAACACCAACUAGAAUGACUGUAAAACGGUCUCUAGGGCCUAAGACGACAGAAUCAAGCGAAACGACAAACCUGUCAGACAGCCAGCUUUCGGAGGAGCCUGACAUCCACAUCCACAUCUCGAGACCCAAGAGACCCAAGACGAAAACGAAACCCAAAGACGAGAAAGACGUAGGUGACUCCCCGCCUAGAAAGACAAAGAAGGGGAAGAAAUCAAAAACAGAUGACGAAUCUCCUAAGAAAGGAAGAGACGAUGAUGAAGUACAAGCCUACAUGUUCCAUACCUAUCAAGGAAGAAAGGGAGGAGUGUCGCAAGUUAGCUUUGUCGGUCCAUGGAAGGCUCUAAGCCUUGACACAGCUCAAAAAUGUGUGCAAGACGAUGAGAAAUUGAUGCAGUCAAGCACGGCGUCAUUCGAAAACAAUUUUACGAGAAAUGAGCCUCAUAAGCCUGAAGGAGUUAGUGAUUCCUGUCCUCUUCCGACACUCGGCCACACACAGCAAGAAGCUAUCAGCAAGACACGCCUUCGAGACAAGCCAUAUAUUUCGUCGACCACCAUAUUUGACUACCAGUCGGCAGAGUCACUUUUGUCCUCCAACAGGGUGCACCAGCUGAGUCGCGUUCUAAAGUCCCGCAAGGUGAUUGCGUAUCCAUCGCUCGUCUUGGUGGCUCUGGCACUAAUAACUGGAAUGACGGCAGUGUUUCUGCCCAGCAACGUCAGGUACCCUGUCAGCAGUAACCCCAGUCUCCAGCGUGUUUACAGUCACUCGACGAACAUCACUGACAAGGACUUGUCGACGACAGCAGAGAGCUCAGGUGAAAAUGACGUCUGUGAUACAGCUUGGUGUCAAGAGGACGGUGCGUAUCUAAAAGAACUAAUUUCGUGGGAUCUAAAUCCGUGCGACGACUUCUACCGUUUCGUAUGUAGUCGGUGGAGAAGCAGUAUCCGUGAAACGCAUUAUGGUGGAAGCGUUCAGGAUGACCUUGUACAUUUGUUGGAGACCAAGGUCAUGCAUUUAUUGCAGCGCUCCGAUAUCCCUGAGGAACUGUCAAUGUCGAAAGCGAUUUUCAAGGAGUGCUUGGACUUCCACAAGAAGAGCAGUGAGGACUGGGGCGAUAUGCUGGAGUUACUGUGGAUGGCAAAACUGGACGGAUUUCCGUUCACUUCAACGCCGGAUAACAUAUCCGUUUGGGGUGUGGCAGCAAGGCUUUUACGGCUGUCAGGGACAGAGACGCUGCUCAGCAUCCGGACAGUUCGAAAUCCAUACAACAGAAAUGGAGCCAUAAUCGCGGUCGGAGCCGCGGAGCCCUUGUCCCCAUUCCCUGGCGAUGUCCAGAGAACCACUGGGUUCUACAAUGCCGCUGCCUACGUCGCGAUGAAGACGGUGAGGAAGGAAGGGAACGCUUCACUCUACUCUCUUGACGUCGCAAACUUUGCUGCCAGGUUGGAGUUGCUCUCUUCCAACAGGACGCUAUUGGUGGGUCCUAAUCAAAUAGACACGUUGAGAGGUAGACCGGAGCUGAUGGCGUUCGUCUCCGAGAUAUUCACUACGGGUGAUUCUCCCUUGUACGCUGGGGCGUUCACUGACAUCCUACUGUUGUGUCCCGACUACUUGAACGAAGUUUUAAGUCUCAUGACCAAGGCGGAGAUGCGUGCUGUGUUGAAUUAUUUCGGAGUACGGCUUAUGGUAGAAAUGUCAGCUUUCUCACCGAGUUCAGGAACGUCCUUGGCCGAUGCCUUGGCGCAGCACCUGUACGGCGCCUCGUUACGAGCGUUGCCUCGCUGGAAGUUGUGCGUGCGCAUGACUGAACGCGCUACGCCUCUCCUUUUCUUGCACGCUGUACAGAUCGUGACCAGCAGAAACAUAUCUGAUCUCCGUGACAUCGUUCAUCACUUGGAAAUAUCGCUGGACAAGCUGGGCAUCCUGGGUGAAGAGUCCAGAAGAGAAGCAUGGGAGAGUCUUAACCAGACCAGGAUUGCCCUGUUCCACCCGUCCUGGCUUACUGACAGGACAAAGCUCAAGGAAUAUGUGAGCACAUUCCCGAAGAUGUUCGAAGGAAAAAGUUUACGAUCAUUUUACAAUAUUCGUAGCCACAGCUUUUAUCGUGCUGUGCGCGAAGAUCCCGACAACCAAUGGCUGGGCUCUGCUUUCGACCUUGACUGCCGUACGGACGUGGACACUAUCUACGUUCCUACGCUGCUGAUCAAUGUAACGCUUCUCAACCUUAGUGGGCGUUUUGAGCUUCCGUACGCCGGAACGCGUAUCUUCCGGUGUCUACUGCGGCUCAUACUCCGCAACGUCCGAUUGAGCCGGGCAGAGAAACGACGCUGGUGGCCGGACCUUGGUCAUUCGUACUUAGGGAGCGCACUUGUGUGCAUUGAGCGAUACGGAAUACAGAAGACGGAUUCCUUGGCCCUUCUGGAGUCAACGGCGGCACUAGAGCCCGCCGUGGAAUUGUUCUUGCAGGGACGAAAGAGGCGUUUCUCAACAUUGCGAAAGUUGGAGGUGGACCAGCUCUUUUUCGUGUACUACGCGCGCGGGACUUGUCUUGAGGGCAAUGUCUCCGCUGCCAUAGCCCAGCAGGUGAAUAUACCGCUGUGGAACAACCGCCUCUUUCAGGAGAUGUUUCGGUGCUCCGUUGGUACGCGAAUGAACCCUUCCAAGAAGUGUCCCCUCUGGCGAGAUACCCGUUAAGCCGGUGUUAUGUGAUAAUAAAUGCUGUCCUCA